AUGGCUAACACCACGGACGUGAUAGUCCUGUCGUCCUCGCCAAAUCCACCACAAUCUUCAGGUUGGAAAGUCCAAGAUAAUAUAAGGACACCUGAUACCCUGCCCCAAAGCGCAACGCCAACGCCUGCGCCCCUCGCCAGAGCCAAACCUCCGACGUGUUCGCGAUUCUUCCCAACGGCACCCGCGGAGGAUCAACAACCGGAUAACAGCAAGCAACCGAAGAAGCGAGUGAAAAAGAAGGCUGCACCUUUGAAAAGCAAUGACCAGAACAUUGCAAGCAAACCACAGCGGAGGGUGAAACGCAGCACCGACAAGUCAGAGGCAACUGCGCCUGGAGACGCCCCUGCAGAGGGUGUUGACCCAAAAGAUGCUGAAGUGAAGCAGACCAAAGCUCCUCCCCGGAAGGCGACAAAGAGUAAAGGUCCGGCAAAUAUGACAUUGGCUGGCAAGGUCACGAAGACGAGCGGCAAUCCACCAUCCAAAACUGCGAGCAAACGCACAAAAAAGACAACCGAUACGGAGUCGCAGCCAGCAGAAAACAAUACAGGAUCGCUUAACUCAACGGAAUUGAAUGCUUUGGGAAAAGAUGAAGUUUUGCAUCUGGACGAGGCUUUACGAAGAAGACUUGAUUGGACACCACCCAGAGAAACUGUCUGCAAGGAUAUUGUGUCAGUGGGCGAGGAUAGCAGUCAAGCUGAACACCGGGGCUCGAAUGAGGUCCUCGGGUUCGGCAAGUUACUAUCUGACUACACUUAUUCUGGUAUUGCCUCAGACCCCCGCGACCUUGUUCGAACUUCAAAAAGCGAAGCACCAACAAAACGUCGACGUAUAGAUCUUGUAGAUCCUGUCAUUCAAACGCUUCUGAAUGGGAAGUCUGACUCAACCGAGCAGACAUCCGCCCUGGGGCAAGGUGUUGAUGGGAAACCCAAGAGAACGGCCAAGAGCAAGCCAAAAAAGUUCACUACAUUGACUGCUCGAAUGACCGCACAAUACACGAUGAAUGAAGAGGAUGAGGAUGAUGCACCAGUCGAAGAGAUUCCAGAGACCAAAACCACAAAAAGCAGACGAUCAAAGACCAAAGAGAAAGCCGAAGAGUCCAAAUUCACCGUCCUAUCCCCAGAAGCCGCGGUCGAAUUUGUAAACGGCCAAGACCUUGUCUUUGGAACCUGCAGUCAGCUGGAAAGAGAAGACUCUCCACAGACCUUGAGGGACAUGCAACAGGCUAUCCGCGCCUCAGAACUCCUUGCCUACUCUGAGGGCCUGCGCGAUCCAACCAACAGCCCUGCGACAAGUUCCAUGCAAGCAAACCCAAAUCGCUCCGUUUCAAAGUUAACAGGCAGCCGCAACUUGUGGUGCGUUGCAUCCAGAGAUACCGACGGGUCGUUGAUCCAGCCAAAAGCAUCAAAUGUGAUCGACUUGACAGAACGGGCCCAAUCCCCAGAGAAUAACCCAGAAAACGUAGACAGAGCACCUCACAAAUCUCUCCCAGAUGACUGGUUCGAGUAUUCGUUCGCAGAUCUCGACUCUCCAUCAGAGAAAAAAACACAGCCCUCGAAGAUCAGCGAACAACCUUCGGCUCCACCUGAACAGGUCCAGGUCUCAAUCGCGUCUGAGACUAUAGCUCCAGAAUUAGCACCAAGUGCGAAGGUGAAAGCGACAAAAUCUGCAAAGAAAUCGAGUACUGCUCCUACCGUCGCAAACGAGAACGGACAAGUCACUCAACAGGGCCCCUCAAUGCCACAAUAUCAUGGGUUCACGGAAGCCGAGCUAUCAAAGCAGGUGGCUACCUUUGGGUUUAAAGCUGUCAGGGGUCGCAAGAAGAUGAUUGAGCUUCUCCAGCAAUGCUGGCAGUCGAAACAUGCUACCAACACAACUGUUUCUAGCGACAUCGACCAAGCCGGGCAGGAAAAGUCUUCGUCGGGUUCGUCACAAAAGACCAAAACAAAGACUGCCCAAGCACUGCCCAAGACAACCACAAGAACCUCUGAACCGAUGUCAAAUAUCCCGAAAAGUCCCCAGAAGCGAGCUGGAGAUAAGCAAAAUACUUUAACAUCUCUCUCAUACAUUGACAUUGAAGAAAUUCAAGACUCGGAAGAUGAAAUCACACCGUCCCCGAGUCGAGUACAAAAGCUCCACAGCAAUAUCACCGCAAAGAAUCAGACGGGUAAAGAAGUUGUCGGGCGUUGUCUAGACAUUCUGACCAAAACCCCGCCACCAAGCCCAACGAAACGCAAGGUCGUUUCCUCCAAGUCUUCCGCCACGAAGAAAACAUCUUCCACGUCUACCAAGACCUCUCGCACUGCCAAAUCUUCCGAGAAUAUCUCUCUCGCCGAUAUAUCCUCACAGAUUACAAACGCUGUUCGCAUUCAGCCUCGAUCUUCAUCUUUGGGAAGCCGCAUUCAGCCAACAUGGCACGAAAAGAUUCUCAUGUAUGAUCCCAUCGUGCUGGAAGAUUUCACAGCGUGGCUCAAUACUGAGGGAUUUGGACUUGUUGGCGAGGACUGUGAGGUUGGCACGGCGUCCGUCAGGGAAUGGUGUGAAAGCAAAGGAAUUUGUUGCUGCUGGAAGAAAAAUGCGAGCUGGUGA